AUGGACAUUAGACAGUUGAUGGACUGCUCUCACAGACCCAACAUCACCCAGAGAGAACUCUAUAGGUAAUAUUUGACCACUGUAGUCUAUCUGAGCUCUGCCUGUAAUGUCUGAUAGACUUUCUACAGUAACUGUAUGCAUCUUUUCUCUCUCUCUCUCUCUCUCUCUCUCUCUCUCUCUCUCUCUCUCUCUCUCUCUCUCUCUCUCUCUCUCUCUCUCUCUCUCUCUCUCUCUCUCUCUCUCUCUCUCAUCCCAGGGUGAUCCUUCGUUCCUGUUGUAACGCUACAGGUGAGAUGAUCCUGACCAAUCAGAACACUAAGUUGGGCCAGAAGAUUCACUAUGAGACCAACCAAAAGCUGUUUAAAACAGUCGACAAGAAACUACACAGCAUGUUGCCAAAUGCCUUACCCUGGAGUAAAGGUUUGUUGGGUCGUUGUGCCGUGGUGGGAAGUGGAGGAAUCCUGCAGAACAGCAGCUGUGGAGCGGAGAUAGACAGUGCUGACUACAUCAUCAGGUAACCUUCAUCAUUAACACCAUCACCAUCAUCAUUACCACCAUCAUCAUCAAAUAAAAUAACAUUUUAUUUGUCACAUGCGCCGAAUACAACAGGUGUAGACCUUACAGUGAAAUGUUUACUUACAAGCCCUUAACCAACAAUGCAGUUUUAAGAAAGAAUACCCUAAAAAAUUUAAAUAAAUAAAAGUAACAAAUAAUUAAAGAGCAGCAGUAAAAUAACAGUAGUAAAAUAACAAUAGCGAGUCUACAUACAGGGGGUACCGGCACAGAGUCAAUGUGCGGGGGCACUUGUUAGUCGAGGUAAUUGAGGUAAUAUGUACAUGUAGGUUGAGUUAUUAAGGUGACUAUGCAUAGAUAAUAAGCAGAAAGUAGCAGCAGAGUAAAGGGGGGGGGGGGGGGGGGGGGGGGGGCUAUGCAAAUAGUCUGGGUAGCCAUUUGAUUAGAUGUUCAGGAGUCUCAUGGCUUGGGGGUAGAAGCUGUUUAGAAGCCUCUUGGACCUAGAUAUGGCAAUCUGGUACCGCUUGCCAUGCACAUAGGUGUUCCAGGUGUGAAAGGGCAGUGUGGAGUGCAAUAGAGAUUGCAUCAUCUGUGGAUCUGUUGGGGCACUAUGCAAAUUGGAGUGGGUCUGGGGUUUCUGGGAUAAUGGUGUUGAUGUAAGCCAUGACCUGCCUUUCAAAGCACUUCAUGGCUACAGACAUGAGUGCUACGGGUUGGUAGUCAUUUAGGCAGGUUACCUUAGUGUUCUUGGGCACAGGGACUAUGGUGGUCUGCUUGAAACAUGUUGGUAUUACAGAGUCAGACAGGUAGAGGUUGAUAAUGUCAGUGAAGACACUUGCCAGUUGGUCAGCGCAUGCUCGGAGUACACGUCCUGGUAAACCGUCUGGCCCUGCAGCCUUGUGAAUGUUGACCUGUUUAAAGGUCUUACUCACAUCGGCUACGGAGAGCGUGAUCACCAACAUCUCUCUCUCUCUCUCUCUCUCCCCUCUCCCGCUCUCUCUCUCUCUCUCUCUCUCUCUCCUCUCUCUCUCUCUCUCUCUCUCUCUCUCUCUCUCUCUCUCUCUCUCUCAAUUUCAAUUUCAAUUUAAGGGCUUUAUUGGCAUGGGAAACGUGUGUUAACAUUGCCAAAGCAAGUGAAGUAGAUAGUAAACAAAAGUGAAAUAAACAACAAAUAUUAACAGUAAACAUUACACUCAGAAGUUUCAAAAGAAUAAAGACAUUUCAAAUGUCAUAUUAUGUAUAUAUACAGUGUUGUAACAAUGUGCAAAUAGUUAAAGUACAAAUGGGAAAAUAAAUAAACAUAAAUAUGGGUUGUAUUUACAAUGGUGUUUGUUCUUCACUGGUGCCCUUUUCUCUCUCUCUCUCUCUCUCUCUUCUCUCUCUCUCUCUCUCUCUCUCUCUAGGUUUAACCUGGGUCCGGUCAGCAACAGUGAGGAUGUGGGGAACAAAACCCACCUGAUGACCAUCAACUCCAGUCAGAUCAGAACAGGGUGAGAGAGAGAGAGUGAUUUAAGCAUUGACAUGGACUCAGAACAUCCAAUUUCGUUGUUUCUCUAUGAACAAUUGUAAUUUUGAGAGAAAAAUAAUAAUAAAUACUACAACCAGGAAGAAUUAAACGGAGAAAACAUAAUUUGGGAAUAUAUAACAGAAGAAUUUUGGAGAAAAAAAUCACUGAUUUUAUAGGUCCCCCCUUAGCGUUUAUUAACCAUUAUCUUACCAGGUAUAUUGACAGAAAACAUAGUGUACUUUCUCUUGUACACUUCGGACCCGGGAAGAGUUGCAGGGGAGAGAAGAGAAGAACGUGACUAUUUGAAAGCUGGAAAAAAUUAGUAGCUCACGACAUGUUUCAUUUUUAAAAAUUUGCUCUCAUGCUAGUAAAGGUUGGAGACCCCUGAUAUAGUAGUAAUGAGUGUGGUAGUAGAAUAAGUUGGAGUGGUCUUGUGAAGCAAGGCACACUAAUAACCAUAAGAUAUUUACUGUAAUUAGCUAGCAUUUACCUAGUAAAUAUUGAUAUUGUGGUGAGUAUAUUUUUCUGGAAUAAUGAAGAAAAAUUAUAAAAAUAGCUUAAGUUAAGAUGUUCCCAGCAAACAUGGGACGUCCUAAGGACGUUAGACUACGUUCCUAUUAGGUCCAUUUUAGGGUUUCGGUGAGACGUUAUCCCACUGACGUUAUGGGAUAACUUUUGUGUAGUUCUCUGUAAGUUACCAGGACGUUUCUGAGGAGGACCAUGUCAAGACAUAGGACAUUCUCAGGACUUUUUUUUACCAGUAAUUAGGAUGUCAAGUGCUGGUCCUUUAUGGGGGACCUUAAUGUAGUUCCCUGUAAGUUACCAGGACGUCAUUGAGGAACAUGUUAGGACGUUUGUAAGAUGUUCUCAAGACAUUUGUUUUACCAGCCGUCAGGAUGUCAUGUGAUGGUCCCAGGUGUCCCAAAUCAUUAUACAGUGAAUUUGGAAAGAAUUCAGACCCCUUGACUUUUUCCACAUUUUAUUAUGUUACAGCCUUAUUCUAAAAUUGAUUAAAUUGUUUUAUUUCCUCAGCAAUCUACACACAAUACCCCAUAAUGACAAAGCAAAAACAGUGUUUUUGUUGUUGUUGCAAAUGUAUACAAAUAUAAAAAUGGAAAUAUUACAUUUACAUAAGUAUUCAGACCCUUUACUCAGUACUUUGUUGAAGCACCUUUGGCAGUGAUUAUAGCCUUGAGUCUUCUUGGGUAUGACGCUAUAAGCUUGUCACACCUGUAUUUGGGGAGUUUCUCCCAUUCUUCUCUGCAGAUCCUCUCAAGCUCUGUCAGGUUGGACGGGGAGUGUUGUUGGACGGGGAGUGUUGCUGCACAGCUAUUUUCAGGUCUCUCCAGAGAUGUUCGAUCGGGUUCAAGUCCGGGCUCUGGCUGGGCCACUCAAGGACAUUCAGAGACUUGUCCCGAAGCCACACCUGCAUUGUCUUGGCUGUGUGCUUAGGGUCGUUGUCCUGUUGGAAGAUGAAUCUUCACCCCAGUCUGAGGUCCUGAGCGCUCUGGAGCAGGUCUUCAUCAAGGAUCUCUCUGUACUUUGCUCCAUUCAUCUUUCCCUUGAUCCUGACUAGUUUCCCAGUCCCUGCUGCUGAAAAACAUCCCCACAGCAUGAUGCUGCCACCACCAUGCUUCACCGUAGCGAUGGUGUCAGGUUUCCCCCAGACGUGACACUUGGCAUUCAGGCCAAAGAGUUCAAUCUUGGUUUCAUCAGACCAGAGAAUUUUGUUUCUCAUGGUCUGAGAGUCUUUAGGUGCCUUUUGGCAAACUCCAAGCGGGCUGUCAUGUGCCUUUUAAUGAGGAUGGCUUCCAUCUGGCCACUACCAUAAAGGUCUGAUUGGUGGAGUCUUGCAGAGAUGGUUGUCCUUCUGGAAGGUUCUCCCAUCUCCACAGAGGAACUCUGGAGCUCUGUCAGAGUGACCAUUGGGUUCUUGGUCACCUCCCUGACCAAGGCCCUUCUCCCCGAUUGCUAAGUUUGGGGCGGGCGGCCAGCUCUAGGAAGAGUCUUGGUGGUUCCAAACUUCUUCCAUUUAAGAAUGUUGGAGGCCACUGUGUUCUUGGGGACCUUCAAUGCUGCAGGAUUGUUUUGGUACCUUUCCCUAGAUCUGUGUCUCAACACAAUCCUGUCUCGGAGCUCUAUGGACAAUUCCUCGACCUCAUGGCUUGGUUUUUGCUCUGACAUGCACUGUCAACUGUGGGAUCUUAUAUAGACAGGUGUGUGCCUUUCCAAAUCAUCUCCAAUCGAUUGAAUUUACCACAGGUGGACUCCAAUCAAGUUGUAGAAACAUCUCAAGGAUGAUCAAUGAAAACAGGAUGCACCUAAGCUCAAUUUCGAGUCUCAUAGCAAAGCGUCUGAAUACUUAUGUAAAUAAGGUAUUUCUGAAAAAGUCAAGGGGUCUGAAUACUUUCCGAAUACACUGUAGCUACAGCAAGCAAGCUGCAUAAAAAAACUGUGCCACUCACCAGAUUAUGAUAAUUUGAAAACUAAGUUUGAAAGUUAAUCUUGAAAAGGCUCAUGCUAACAAAUUAGCAACAGCAUCCACCUUGAAGUUAAUAACACCUGCUGUUGCUGCAGCUGCCUUCGCCAUUGUCACACUACUACAACACAUGCUUGUUACUAGCGUGUGAAAACUGCCACUGAUUCUUUGGUCUUGUGCUCUCAUUAGUGAGGUGUGUAUGCCUUUGAGAAGGCCUAGACACAUCACUUUUAUUUUAAACGGUCCCACCCAUUGCAAGUCAAAAUAUGAUUGGUUCGUGUCAGUGUUCUGCCAUGGCCAGCGAAGAGCCCGGAUCUCAAUCCCAUUGAGCACGUCUGGGACCUGUUGGAUCGGAGGGUGAGGGCUAGUGUCACGCCCUGGCUCUGGGGACAAUGUUAUGUUGAGCCAGGGUGUGUAUUCUAUGUUUGAUUUUCAAUGUUGGGCUGAGUGACUCCCAAUCAGAGGCAACGAGUGACAGCUGGUUGUCUCUGAUUGGGAGCCAUAUUUAACUAUCGGUCUUUUCACUUUGUGUUGUGGUUUCUUGUUCCGUGUUGGUUUGUUUUUGUAACCAAGGACGUCACGUUUCGUUGUUUUGAUCGUGUGAUCUUGAUAAAAUAAAUAUGUUUGUUGUCAGACGUGUUUUCGCUCGGUUGAGCUUCUCUCCACUGCGCUGGAGUUAUCGCACCUGUUUGUGCGCUGUUUUUUUUCCAUUUCGCCUUCGUGCGUAUUUCGCCUUCGGGCAAGUGUUGUCCGUUUGCCGUGUUUCGGCUCAAUACAAGUCUAUUGGAUUAUCCGUCUGCGUCCUGCAUUUGAUUCCGCCACUGCACCUACAGCACGCCUUGACAGAAGAAACCACCAUAACAGGACCAAGCAGCGUGAAGAAGAGAGAGGAUGGACUUGGGAGCAGUUGAGUAGGAGUCUCGACUGGGCCAAGCCAAGAGAAGAGGAGAGAGGUUGGACUUUGGAGCAGUGGGGUGAGAGUCUGGCGAGAACGAUGGAGGCCUGGCCCACGGGGAGGAGAGACCCCCAGAAAAUGUUUAGGGGGGGGCUCACGACGUCGGACCAGCAGGAGGCCGCGAUAGAGCGGUCCAGCGGGUUGCCAGAGGAGGCCGCCAGGUUACGGGGGCCACUGGUCGAAGAGGGGAUGGAGGAUGUAGAGGCACGGCGAGAGGUACUGGGGUGUGUUACCAGUCCGGUCCGGCCCGUUCCAGAUCCCGAGGUAGAGCCAGUGGUGUGUGUCCCCAGUACGGUCCGGCCUGUUCCAGCCCCUCGCACCAAGUGUACGGUGCGCGUCGCCAGCCCAGCCCGGCCUGUCCCUGCUCCACGCACCAAGCCUACGGGGUGCGUCGCCAGCCCAGUCCGGCCCAUCCAAGCUCCCCGCACCAAGCCAGUGGUGUGCGUCAUCAGUCCGGCACGGCCCGUGCCUGCUCUCCGCACCAAGUCUGUGGUGCGUUUCGUCAGCCCUGUCCGGCCCGUUCCUGCUCUCCGCACCAAGCCUACGGUGUGCGUCGCCAGCCCAGCCCGGCCAGUCCCUGCUCCACGCACCAAGCCUACGGGGUGCGUCGCCAGCCCAGUCCGGCCCAUCCAAGCUCCCCGCACCAAGCCAGUGGUGUGCGUCAUCAGUCCGGCACGGCCCGUGCCUGCUCUCCGCACCAAGUCUGUGGUGCGUUUCGUCAGCCCUGUCCGGCCCGUUCCUGCUCUCCGCACCAAGUCUGUGGUGCGCGUCGCCAGCCCAGUCCGGUCCAUUCCUGCUCCACGCACCAAGCCAGGGGUGCGUAUCGUCAGUCCGGCUCCGGCCAGCGGGGCCAGACCGGACCAGGGGUACUUUGGGGGGUUGGAGAGGGAGUGGGGAUCAGGCCCGGAGCCGGAUCCGCCGCCAAGGCGGAGUGCCCACCCGGUCCCUCCCCUGUGGGAUUUAGUUGGCGCGGUCGGAGUCCGCGCCUUUAGGGGGGGUACUGUCACGCCCUGGCUCUGGGGACAAUGUUAUUUUGAGCCAGGGUGUGUAUUCUAUGUUUGAUUUUCUAUGUUGGGCUGAGUGACUCCCAAUCAGAGGCAACGAGUGACAGCUGGUUGUCUCUGAUUGGGAGCCAUAUUUAACUAUCGGUCUUUUCACUUUGUGUUGUGGUUUCUUGUUCCGUGUUGGUUUGUUUUUGUAACCAAGGACGUCACGUUUCGUUGUUUUGAUCGUGUGAUCUUGAUAAAAUAAAUAUGUUUGCUUUCAACGCUGCGCCUUGGUCCUCUCCCUCCUUAGACGAUCGUGACAGCUAGGGCUAUUCCCCCCAGAAAUGUCCGGGAACUUGCAGGUGCCUUGGUAGAAGAGUGGGGUAACAUCUCACAGCAAGAACUGCAAAUCUGGUGCAGUCAAUGAGGAGGAGAUGCACUGCAGUACUUAAUGCAGCUGGUGGCCACACCAGAUACUGACUGUUACUUUUGAUUUUGACCCCCCUUUUGUUCAGGGACACAUUAUUCAAUUUCUGUUAGUCACAUGUCUGUGGAACUUGUUCAGUUUAUGUCUCAGUUGUUGAAUCUUGUUCUGUUCAUACAAAUAUUUACACAUGCUAAGUUUGCUGAAAAUAAACGCAAUUGACAGUGAGAGGACAUUUCUUUAUUUGCUGAGUUUAGUAACGAACAAGAACAUUGUUUAGAAUGUUGCUUUUAGUUGCCUGGCUUGCUAGAUUGACAUAUACAUACUAAAUGUAUUCAUUUUUAAAUGGAUUGGUUUAUUGUUGUUAAAAUACAGCAGGUAUGCUAUUUGGACCACCAGGCUGCUGAGGACAUGCAGACUGUUGUUUUUGUCUUUAUUCUUUUCAUAAGGACAAGGACAAGUCUGAUGCCAGACAACAACAGAAUGUUCAUGAUGUCACUGCGGCAACUGUCUACAGACAUGUUGAUAGACCAACUGUAAACCAGCCUUAAGUCAGAAGUAAAGUGGAAUGUCUAGUGGUCUGCUGAAGCAAGGCACACUAAUAAGUCUUAAGUAUCUAGAGUGAAGCAAGUCGCACUAACAGGUGGUUCUCAUUCUUAGAAUGUGCUCCCCCAGUGAUGUAGUUUGUAAUUUCUGAAAGUUCCAUUGCUGUUAAUUCAACAGCGGGUAGUUAGCUUUAUGAUAGUAGAUGAUGUGGUUACUACAACAGCUGUAUCGUUUGAUUGGUAGAAUAUAUUUAUGUUCUAAUUUCAGAUUUGAAUUGCAGAGAAGUGGACUAAGAUAACUAACUAACUAACUAAAUUGUAACUUGUUGGGAAAAUGGUGGAAACGGCAGAUGUUUCAUAAGUUUUGAGGAAAAGGAGUUGAUGCGUUAAUCAAAUCAAAUUUUAUUUAUCACAUGCGCCAAAUACAGUGUCACGUUCGUUUAAUGACGGGUCAGACCAAGGCGCAGCGUGAUAUACGUACAUGUUUAUUAACGUAAUAAACAACAACGACAAAACAACAAACGAAACGUGAAGUCCAAGGUAGAACACACAACAUACCUUACACGGAACAAGAUCCCACAACUAGACAGUGCCAAUAGGCUGCCUAAGUAUGGUCCCCAAUCAGAGACAACGAGCGACAGCUGCCUCUGAUUUGGAACCACACCGGCCAACAUAGAUCCACACAUACUAGAACGACAAAAUAGACAAAGCACAACAAGGAAUAUACACACCCUGACUCAACAUAUAAGCGUCCCCUGAGUCAGGGCGUGACAGUACCCCCCCCCCCCCCCCCCCCCCCCCAAAGGUGCGGACUCAUAAACAUAACAGGGUAGGGGCCGGGUGGGAUCCGGCUCGGGGCGUGACGACCUCUCACUCUCCGCCUCCCUGUUGCGCCCCUGGUCUGGUCUGGACCUCGGCGCGCUGCUUCCCCUCUCCUUCCUCCCACGAUAUGCCAGGCCCUGUCUGGACCCUGGUGUGGGAGACCCCAAACCUGGAGAGGGGCUGAUGUCAUGGUCUGGACUGGAGCCGCUGACCGGAGCUGGAUCAGGCACCGGUGGAGCGGACUGUUCUGGCUCCGGAGUGGAGCCGCUGACCGAAGCUGGAUCAGGCACCGGUGGAGCGGACUACUCUGGCGCCGGAGUGGAGCCGCUGACCAGAGCUGGACUGGGCCCAGGUGGAGCGGACUGCUCUGGCUCCGGAGUGGAAUAGCUGACCGGCACUGGAUCAGGCACCGGUGGAGCGGACUGCUCUGGCUCCGGAGUGGAGCAGCUGACCGGUGCCGGACCAGGCACCGGUGGAACGGGCACGGGCCGUGCCGGACUGGACAAACGCACCACUGGUCUGGUGCGAGGAGAAGGCACGGGCCGGACCGGACUAGGAACACGCACCACUGGCUUGGUGCGAGGGACAGGAACGGGCCGGACCGGACUGGCGACGCACACCACUGGCUUGGUGCGAGGGGCAGGAACAGGCCGGGCCGGACUGGCGACGCGCACCACUGGCUUGGUGCGAGGAGCAGGAACAGGCCGGCUGGCGACGCGCACCACUGGCUUGGUGCGAGGAGCAGGAACAGGCCGGGCCGGGCUGGCGACGCGCACCACUGGCUUGGUGCGAGGAGCAGGAACAGGCCGGGCCGGGCUGGCGACGCGCACCACUGGCUUGGUGCGAGGAGCAGGAACAGGCCGGGCCGGACUGUGGAGGCGGACUGGAGGUCUAGAGCGGAGAGCUGGCACAAUCCGUCCUGGCUGGCUGCCCACUUUCGCACUACAUGUGCGGGGUGCUGGCACAGGAUGCACUGGGCUGUGCACGCGCACUGGCGAUACAGUUCGUAGAACUGGCGCAGGAUAUGCAGGACCGAGGAGGCUUACUGGAGACCAGAAGCGUUGAGCCGGCACACCCCGUCCUGGCUGGAUGCCCAUCUUCGCACGGCACGUGCGUGGUGCAAGCACAGUACGUAGCUCCGCAUAACAUGGAGCUUGCCCAGUCAUACGCCUCUUCGCGUGAGUUGGCUCUGCUCUAACCCUAGGCUCCGCCAACCACCCCGUGUGCCCCCCCAAUUUUUUUUUCUUGGGGCUGCUUCUCGGGCUUCCUCCUCGACCGGCCUCCUCCAUGUUGCCGUUGCUCCUCUCCUGCCUGGGGAUCUAACUUAGCCCAUGGUCCUCUCCCCGCAAAUAUCUCUUCCCAUGACCACAAAUCGGCCACCUGUGACAUGGCCAUUCACUCCGCCUGGGCACGCUGCUUGGUCCUCGUUUGGUGGGAUCUUCUGUCACAUUCGUUUAAUGACGGGUCAGACCAAGGCGCAGCGUGAUAUACGUACAUAUUUAUUAACGUAAUAAACAACAACGACAAAACAACAAACGAAACGUGAAGUCCAAGGUAGAACACACAACAUACCUUACACGGAACAAGAUCCCACAACUAGACAGUGCCAAUAGGCUGCCUAAGUAUGGUCCCCAAUCAGAGAAAACAAGCGACAGCUGCUUCUGAUUGGGAACCACACCGGCCAACAUAGAUCCACACAUACUAGAACGACAACAUAGACAAAGCACAACAAGGAUUAUACACACCCUGACUCAACAUAUAAGUGUACCCUGAGUCAGGGCGUGACAUACAGGUGUAGACCUUACAGCGAAAUGCUUACUUACAAGCACUUAACCAACAAUUCAGUUAUAAGAAAAAUAAGUGUUAAGUAAAAAAUUGAUGAGGUUAGUCAAGGUGAUUGAGGUAAUAUGUACAUGUAGAGUUAAAGUGACUAUGCAUAGAUAAUAAACAGAGACUUGGCCCUCUGGUACCGCUUGCCGUGUGGUAGCAGAGAGAACAGUCUAUGACUAGGGUGGCUGGAGUCUUUGACCAUUUUUAGGGCCUUCCUCUGACACCGCCUGUUAUAGAGGUCUUGGAUGGCAGGAAGCUUGGCCCCAGUGAUGUACUGGGCCAUACGCAUUACCCUCUGUAGUGCCUUGCGGUCGGAGGCCGAGCAGUUGCCAUACCAGGCAGUGAUGCAACCAGUCAGGAUGCACUCGAUGGUGCAGCUUUAGAACCUUUUGAGGAUCUGUGGACACAUGCCAAAUCUUUUCUGUCUCCUGAGGGGGAAUAGACAUUGUCGUGCCCUCUUCACAACUGUCUUGGUGUGUUUGGACCAUGUUAGUUUGUUGGUGAUGUGGACACCAAGGAACUUGAAGCUCUCAACCUCCUGUGUUCGGUCCUCUUUUUCCUAUAGUCCACAAUAAUCUCCUUUGUCUUGAUCACGUUGAGGGAGAGGAUGUUAUCCUGGCGCCACACGGCCAGGUCUCUGACCUCCUCCCUAUAGGCUGUCUCAUCAUUGUCGGUGAUCAGGCCUACCACUGUUGUGUCGUCGGCAAACUUAAUGAUGGUGUUGGAGUCGUGCCUGGCCAUACAGUCAUGGGUGAACAGGGAGUACAGGAGGGGACUGAGCACACACCCCUGAGGGGCCCCCAUGCUGUUACCUAUCCUUACCACCUGGGGGUGGCCAGUUAGGAAGUCCAGGAUCCAGUUGCAGAGGGAGAUGUUUAGUCCCAGGGUCCUUAGUUUAGUGAUGAGCUUUGAGGGCACUAUGGUGUUGAAAACUGAGCUGUAGUCAAUGAAUAACAUUCACACGUAGGUGUUCCUUUUGUCCAGGUGGGAAAGGACAGUGUGGAGUGCAAUAGAGAUUGCAUCAUCAGUGGAUCUGUUGGGGCGGUAUGCAAAUUGGAGUUGGUCUAGGGUUUCUGGCAUAAUGCUGUUGAUGUGAGCCAUGACCAGCCUUUCAAAGGACUUCAUGGCUACAGACGUACAGUGAGGGAAAAAAGUAUUUGAUCCUCUGCUGAUUUUGUAAGUUUGCCCACUGACAAAGAAAUUAUCAGUCUAUAAUUUUAAUGGUAGGUUUAUUUGAACAGUGAGAGACAGAAUAACAACAAAAAAAUCCAGAAAGACGCAUGUCAAAAAUGUUAUAAAUUGAUUUGCAUUUUAAUAAAGGAAAUAAGUAUUUGACCCCUCUGCAAAACAUGACUUAGUACUUGGUGGCAAAACCCUUGUUGGCAAUCACAGAGGUCAGACGUUUCUUGUAGUUGGCCACCAGGUUUGCACACAUCUCAGGAGGGAUUUUGUCCCACUCCUCUUUGCAGAUCUUCUCCAGUCAUUAAGGUUUCGAGGCUGACGUUUGGCAACUCGAUCCUUCAGCCCCCUCUACAGAUUUUCUAUGGGAUUAAGGUCUGGAGACUGGCUAGGCCACUCCAGGACCUUAAUGUGCUUCUUCUUGAGACACUCCUUUCUUGCCUUGGCCGUGUGUUUUGGGUCAUUGUCAUUCUGGAAUACCCAUCCACGACCCAUUUUCAAAGCCCUGGCUGAGGGAAGGAGGUUCUCACCCAAGAUUUGACGGUACAUGGCCCCAUCCAUCGGCCCUUUGAUGCGGUGAAGUUGUCCUGUCCCCUUAAAAGAAAAACACCCACAAAGCAUAAUGUUUCUACCUCCAUGUUUGACGGUGGGGAAGGUGUUCUUGGGGUCAUAGGCAGCAUUCCUCCUCCUCCAAACACGGCGAGUUGAGUUGAUGUCAAAGAGCUCCAUUUUGGUCUCAUCUGACCACAACACUUGCACCCAGUUCUCCUCUGAAUCAUUCAGAUGUUCAUUGGCAAACUUCAGAUGGGCCUGUAUAUGUGCUUUCUUGCGGGCGCUGCACGAUUUCAGUCCUUCAAGGCGUAGUGUGUUACCAAUUGUUUUCUUGGUGACUAUGGUCCCAGCUGCCUUGAGAUCAUUGACAAGAUCCUCCCGUGUAGUUCUGGGCUGAUUCCUCACCGUUCUCAUGAUCAUUGCAACUCCACGAGGUGAGAUCUUGCAUGGAGCCCCAGGCCGGGGGAGAUUGACAGUUCUUUUGUGUUUCUUCCAUUUGCGAAUAAUCGCACCAACUGUUGUCACCUUCUCACCAAGCUGCUUGGCGAUGGUCUUGUAGCCCAUUCCAGCCUUGAGUAGGUCUACAAUCUUGUCCCUGACAUCCUUGGAGAGCUCUUUGGUCUUGGCCAUGGUGGAGAGUUUGGAAUCUGAUUGAUUGAUUGCUUCUGUGGACAGGUGUCUUCUAUACAGGUAACAAGCUGAGAUUAGGAGCACUCCCUUUAAGAGUGUGCUCCUAAUCUCAGCUCGUUAACCGUAUAAAAGACACCUGGGAGCCAGAAAUCUUUCUGAUUGAGAUGGGGUCAAAUAUUUAUUUCCCUCAUUAAAAUGCAAAUCAAUUUAUAACAUUUUUGACAUGCUUUUUUUCUGGAUUUUUUUGUUGUUAUUUAAGUGCUACAGGUUACCUUAGUGUUCUUGGGCACAGGGACUAUGGUGGUCUGCUUGAAACAUGUUGGUAUUACAGACUCAGUCAGGGACAGGUUGAAAAUGUCAUUGAAGGCACUUGCCAGUUGGUCAGCGCAUCCUCGGAGUACACCUCCUGGUAAUCUACCUUGUGAAUGUUGACCUGUUUGUGAAUGUUGACCCGCUCCUUGAAAGCGGAAGCUCGACCCUUUAGCUCAGUGCGGAUGUUGCCUGUAAUCCAUGGCUUCUGGUUGGGGAUGUACGUACAGUCACUGUGGGGACGACAUCAUCGAUGCACUUAUUGAUGAAGCCAGUGACUGAUGUGGUGUACUCCUCAAUGCCAUCGGAAGAAUCCCGGAACAUAUUCCUGUCUGUGCUAGCAAAACAGUCCUGUAGCUUAGCAUCUGCGUCAUCUGACCACUUCUUUAUUGACCGAGUCACUGGUGCUUCCUGCUUUAGUUUUUGCUUGUAAGCAGGAAUCAGGAGGAUAGAGUUAUGGUCAGAUUUGCCAAAUGGAGGGCGAGGGAGAGCUUUGUACGGGUCUCUGUGUGUGGAGUAAAGGUGGUCUAGAGUUUUUUUUUCCUCUAGUUGCACAUUUAACAUGCUGGUAGAAAUGAGGUAAAACGGAUUUAAGUUUCCCUGCAUUAAAGUCCACGGCCACUAGGAGCGCCGCCUCUGCAUUUUCCUGUUUUCUUAUGGCCUUAUACAGCUCAUUGAGUGCGGUCUUAGUGCCAGCAUCGGUUUGUGGCAGAUUAAUUAAAACAGCUGCAUGUCUUGAUUGGUAGUAGAUAUUUAUAUUCUGAUUUCAGAUUCCAAUAGCAGAGAGACAUACCAAGAGCAGGUAGCAUAGCGUAGCAUUGGGCCAGUAACCGAAAGGUUGCUGGUUCGAAUCCCCGAGCCGUCUAGGCAAAAAAUCUGUUGAUGUGCCCUUGAGCAAGGCACUUAAUCCUAAUUGCCCCUGUUAGUCGCUCUGGAUAAGAGUGUCUGCAAAAUGUAAAGAGUUCAUAAGUUGUUGGGAAAGUGGUCAAAAUGUAAGUUGUUUUUAUAUGUUGAGAGAAAAUGUAGUUGAUGCGGUUACUAAAACAGCUGUAUUGUUUGAUUGGUAGAAGUUAUUAAUUAUUGAUUUCGAUAUCUCACAUGUGGGAUUAACUUGAAUCUCAAAAGCACGAAGACCCAAUUACACACGUCUGUCGGAGAGUGACAGGUCGAGUUGCGAAUGAGAUAUAACCUUCCCCUCAUUAUAGGGAGCCACUCCUCGCCUUCUGGUCAUUCUCAGCUCUCUUCCUCACAUAGGGUACUACUCUCUAAGCUCUCCUCAAGACGACUUGAUCCCUGCUUUCCUGUUCAACUGUUCGCAGGUGUGCCGCGAGUUUACGCCGCCGAGCGCAGGUUUUUUAGCUCUCGUCUUCUGUGUUGGGUGACUUUACCGAAAGGAAAGUUUUAGCUUCAGGUAAGAAUGAUCGUAUCUGCUUAUUCUUCUCUUUGUCUCGUGUGGUAGCUAGCGUCACAUGGCUAGCUACUGAGACUUGGCUAGCUUAGCGACAAUGCUUAGCUAACCUGGCUAGCUCGCCGUAAGGCUAGCUAUCCUACUGACUAUCUUUUCUAUGUAGAAGGGUAGAAUUACUAGCUCUCUCGCUCAUUUAGCUCGACCCACACCCCACCGAUGCGCGUUGACUAGACCGACCGUCCUAGCUUCACUGCUUAUCGAUCAAGAGUCACACUUUUGUUCGUCGCAAGACAACAAUUGUCUUGCCUUGGAGCUUGUGGCUUUCCACCCACCGCCCUUCUCUUCUAAGGAAGAAGAGCGCUUGCACCGUUUUGUUUCCAGUACGUACGUUGCGCAUAUACUUGGAUAGAACGAGAGCAAUGCGCAAGAUCAACCACCUCCUUGUGUCCUGGGCACCUCCCUGCAAGGGGAGGUCCCUCCCUCAUCAAUGGUUAUCACGUUGGAUUUUGGAAGCUUUAUAUUAUACAGCCCCCGGAGGGCCUGAGGGCUCAUUCCACCAGAGGUAUGGCUACCUCUUGGGCACUGUUCAAGGGCAUCUCCUUACAGGAGAUUUGCGAUGCGGCUUGUUGGACAUCCCCUCAUACUUUUAUGAGGUUCUACUGGCUAGAGUUUUUAACAAUUGGAGCUUCAGAAUGUUGAAGAAAUCCCAUUAAAGCAGAUUUAGGUUUUUCAGGAGGUCAAAAAUGGUUUCAAAAAGUAUACCAGCAACCUAUUCCAGACCAGUUUGCACGUUUUAAAGUUUGAAUGGUGUUUCUAUACUACUAUAUCAACCUUAUUACUUUGGAUUGUCGGGCAGUUAGAUCACACAUUUCAUCAGAAAAAACUACACUUGGACUACUACACUUUUAUACACUCUCCCACUAGAAUACCACAGUAUAUGCAAACUGUUAUAAUAGAGCACAGAAGACAAUGAGACAUUGUAGAAGUUUUAAAUAAAUUAACAACAUAUUUGGACGACAGACGGAGGUUCAUGAUGUCCUCUCUGGGUAGGCAUAGGCUACCUUGUAGUUACCAUUUAAUUUAUAAGGUUUUUGGGAAAGCCUUUCCAUCUCUGCCAAAAUAAGGUUUCAUUAGCAUCAUCGCUAAUGGCUACACAAAAUGUAGACAUACGCGUGCACCACACACACACACACAGACGGGCAUUCCUGUGCUGUUUCAGAAAGUUGCAGGAAAAUAUGAAUCACUGAUGCUGACUGACUGAACUGAAUAGGCUACCCAACUCUCAUUCAAAUUAAAAUGUCUAAACUACAGUUGUUGCGUGUGAAAACUGAGAGAUGCUCUGUUGCCUUGGCUGUAGCUGCUUUCUUGGUGUUCACAAUUCUUCAUCAUCAUUACUCUAUUGUUCUAAAUUCAAUCACCCUCUUCACCCUCCUCAUAAUUUUUGUCUGCGCUCCCCCAUGCACUCCACUGCCUGUUUGAGUAUCCAUAGCAACAGCUCCGUUUGGACUGCUCAAUGGCGAGACGAGAGAGCUGUUAGCUGAUGUUAGCUAGCUACUUUUUGUCACUCUAAACUCUGACAAACAGCUGUAACUUUUGAUUGGUAGUAGAUAAUUCUGUUCUGAUUCCAGAUUUGAAUAGCAGAGAAGAUGUCAUAACCUCUAACGUAUUGUUUAACUUGUUGGGAAAGUGGUAAAAAUGUCAGUUGUUUAUGAAAGAUUUGAGAAAAUGUUGUUGACGCAGUUAAUAAACAGUUAUAUCGUUUGAUUGGUAGAAUACAUUUUUGUUCCUAUGUCAGAUUUGAAAAGCAGAGAAGAAGAGGAAGAUUUCAUACGCUCUAACCUUUUGUCUAAGUUGUUGUCAAAGUGGUAAAAGUAGGUGAUUUGUGUCAAAAGUUUUAUUGUUGCAUUUACAGUGAAUAGAAUGUUGUAAGUGAUGAUGUCACAAUAGGCCCUUUAGAAUGUUGAGGAAAUCCCAUGAAAGUUGACGGAGGACAAAAAGGACAAAAAGUGUAAUAGUUUAACAAGUAUAAAAAAUAUAAAAAAGGUGUAUGCAAGCACACUAUUCCAGAUCAGUCUAAACAGUUUAAUGUUUGAACAGAGUUUCUAGCUGAAACAGUGUAAGAGGAGAAAUGUGCAGAAUAAUAAUAAUAAUAAUAAUAACUAGAUGGUACACAUUGUAUCAUGCUUAGAAUGUGGUCCUCCAUUGUUAUAACUUGAAAGUUCUGAAAAGUUCCAUGGCAGCUCAUUCAACAGUGGGCAGUUGUUUGUAAAAGUUGUAACAGUUGUUGAUGCGGUUACUAAAAUAGCUGUAUCGUUUGAUCCGUAGACCAUAUGUUUGUUCCCAUGUCAGAAUUGAAUAGCAGAGAAGUAGAUGAAGAUGUCAUACCCUCUAACCUUUUGUCUAACUUGUUGGAAAAGUGGUCAAAGUAGCUGAUUUGUGUCCAAAAUUACAUUGUUUUACAGUGAAUGUUGGAUGUCAUAGUGUCACAAUGGGCCCUUUAGAAUGCUGAGGAAAUGCCAUGAAAGUGGAUGGAGGACAAAAAGGAGGACAAAAAGUUUAAUACACUAUAUAUACAAAAGUAUGUGGACACCUUCAAAUUAGUGGAUUUAGCAAUUUCAGCCAACCCAUUACUGACAAGUGUAUAAUAUCGAGCACACAGCCAUGCAAUCUCAUAGACAAACAUUGGCAGUAGUAUGGCAAUGUUCAACGUGGCACCAUCAUGUGGUUGGUCCUGUGUUCUCUCUGGCGUCCUUUCCCCCUUGCAGCAGAUGUGGAUGCGGGUGCGUUUGCACGCUCGGCCCAUUUCUUCCGCAGUCAACCAUGUGGUGUGCAUUUUUGUAUUUGAAAAGGUACGGCGUUAAGUGAGUGAGAGGGGAAAUGGUUGCAUAUCCCAGAGCCGACCGGGGGUCUAUGAACAGGGGUAGUGAGAGAGAGAGCUUUCAAUUUUGUGUAGAUGAGGGAUAUACAUUUUUAAAUAUAGUAUACAUCUAAUCUAAUUAUUCAUUGUCCUAUCAUGAUGGAAAGAUCCCUAACCCUAUAACCUGGACACCCACCUGAGCGACCCAUACACCAAAGAGAAGUUCCCAUCUAUUUUAUGGACCUGCUGUGAAUAUGCAGCCUAAACAGAGAAAUAAAUGCGGUCAGAGACCUACUUGAGCAGCACCGCCCCCUCAAGAUUCUGAGCCUGCCUGGCAGGGUUGGUCCUACAAAGCCAGAGCCCCCUGAUGGGAGAGCAAAAUAUACAAGGAAAUUCUCAAAGCUGCUAAUGAGAACCAUGACGACCUUUUACCUAGCCGGUGGGGAUUCCGGUGGGGUACGCCCACCCAGGUAGUGGCAGUGCUGGCAACACUGGCUGCAGUAACCCAUGGGGAGGGGGUCACACUCGGACAAUCAGAGAGGGGGUUUAUCAUUGUGGCCCAGGUGGCACAAAACAAUCAAAGGUCUGACCGCAUGGAGAUGCUUGGGAAAAUGGUUACAACAGGGGAUCAGAGUGUUUGUGUCUCAGGUGAAGAGGGUGGAUCUGAUCUCCAUCACCUAGGACUUGACAUAGAUUAAGUAGAUUAAUCAAAUCUCACAUUGUUAUCAAUUUCUGCUCAAUCUGCAUGCUUUCUCAAUCAGCUUUAACUGUAUGUGCACUCGUAGAUCAAGUUAUUUCUCGAGUUGGGCUCUGGGAUAUAACAGCCGUUGAGUAUCGGAUUUUAUGGUGGAUUGUGGAGGAGGGGGGUUGAGUGUGUUGGAGUAUGUGAGUAUGUGCGUGUGUGCUGGUCUGGCAUCUGUUGUGGGGGGGGUGGGGAUGUUGGGGGGGGGGGGGGUAUGGGAUGGACCGCGGGAAUUAUUUGCUAGGAUAAUAAUUGCUUGUCAAUGAAUUAAAUGUAAUACAAUGGCAAUCCUGGUUAUAUGUUAGAAUCCUAUGCGUGAACUGCCGACAUUAUUACGCAUAUUAAUUGAUAAUGAUGGAAAAUAGGAUAUGCAUAAUAAAAAAAUUAAUAAUAGUUAUAUAGAUAUAUAUAUAUAUAUAGAGGUAAAAGCAUUGGAAAUGCUUUUGGCGGUUAACCUGCUUCUGUUUUGUGGGUGGCACUGUGUGCUGUUAUCGAUGGAUGGGUCCUGGCCUCUCGGGGCCUUAGGGAUACGGAGGGACGUGGGUGGGAUGCUGAUCACUGGGAUGACGGCUCAACUUGGGAUGGGCAGGGGCUUUAGCGGGGGAAUUAGUGGAGAACAAUUGAAGGGUUACUCCGUAGCAAUGCAAAUAUCACGGUACAGCUAUAUGGACACUCAAUCAUUACGCUAUUUUUUAUUGAUAAAUUUACAAACAUAUAUAAUGAUAAAUAGACUUGAAUAAUAAAUAAACUUGAAAAAAAAUAAACUUGUAUCUCAUUAUGGUGUAUGGUGAAAUAAGUAUAGCCAGUUAUAAUUGUAAUGGCUUAGCUGAUAAUAACAAAAGAAGAACAAUAUUUACAUGGCUCAAAGAGAAGGAAUAUAAUAUCUAUUGUAUACAGGAAACUCAUUCAACAAUUCGAGAUGAAGUAGCGUGGAAAAAAGAAUGGGGGGGGGGGAAAUAUACUUCUCCCAUGGGCAAAGAAAUUCAAAAGGGGUGAUGAUAUUAAUUAAUAGUAAUUUCGAUCCAAAUGUGCAAAUUGUCCAAAUAGAUACGCAAGGUAGAUGGAUUAUUUUAAAUAUGGUAUUGGACCAUAAACAGAUAUGGCUCAUUAACCUUUACGGACCAAAUAAUGAUGAUCCACAAUUCUUUGACAAUAUAUAUAAUAAAUUAUCAAGCCUGCAAGCAACUCAAGACAAUAUUAUUAUGGUGGGGGAUUAUAAUACUGUUUUAAAUAGCUCAAUGGACCGAAAAGGAAAUCACACCACAAACAAUCACCCACAUGCUCUUAAGGAAAUUGUGAAUGUCAUGGAUACAUUAGAACUAGUAGAUAUAUGGAGGCUUAAAUAUGCUGAUCUAGUGAGAUAUACAUGGCGGAGACUGAAUCAAGCUAGUCGUCUUGACUUCUUUCUUAUCUCAUUCUCGUUGGCACCAAAAGUAAAAAAAGUGUUGAUAGGGGACAGAAUGCGGUCGGACCAUCAUAUAAUAGGCAUAUACAUUACUCUGACUGAAUUUCCACGUGGGCGAGGAUAUUGGAAAUUUAAUCAAAGCCUAUUAGAUGAUAAUUUAUUUAUAAUUAGAACAAAGGAAUUUAUAACUGACUUUUUCCAACAUAACAUAGGUACAGCGAAUCCCCUUAUUGUAUGGGACACCUUUAAAUGUGCCUUUAGAGGCCAUGCAAUUCAGUACUCAUCUCGAAAACAAAAGCAAUUUAGGUCAAAAGAGUUUAUACUAAGAAAGGAAAUAGAAAGUCUAACAGAACAGAUAGAUGGCAAUAAAAACUGUAACAUAGAGGCUCAGAAUAAAUUAGAGGAAAAACAAAAAGAAAUGGAAAAACUUAUUCAAGAAAGAUCAAGUGUAAUAUAUUAUAAAAAUAAAGCAAACUGGAUGGAAUAUGGGGAAAAAUGCACAAAAUUCUUUUUUAAUCUUCAACAUAGGAAUGCUACCAAAAAUAACUUAAUGAAACUAGUUACAAUUGACGGAGUCACCCAUAAUUCACCUAAUGAUAUUUUGAAGGAAGAAACAAAGUAUUUUAAGCAUAUGUUUUCUUUUCAGUCGCCUCCAUCUCCUCUAACUGAAGCUAAUUGUAGAGAUUUUUUUUCUAUUGAUAAUGUCAAAUUAACAGCCACACAGAAAGACUCAUGUGAAGGUGAAAUUACAGAGGAGGAACUUCUGGAUGCAAUUAAAGACUUUAAGUCGGGGAAAACUCCAGGGUUGGAUGGCAUACCAAUCGAGGUAUACCAAACCUUUUUUGAUAUACUAAGAGGACUGUUAUUAGCAUGUUUUAACCACUCCUAUGUAAAUGGUAGAUUAUCUGACACUCAAGAAGAAGUUCUGAUCUCAUUAUUACUGAAACAGGAUACAAGUGGAAAAUAUAAAGAUCCAGUCCAUUUACAAAAUUGGAGGCCCCUUACACUUCAGUGUUGUGAUGCAAAAAUCCUAGCAAAAUGUAUAGCGCAUAGAAUUAAAAAGGUAUUGUCGAAUAUUAUUCAUUCUAAUCAGACAGGUUUUUUACAUGGAAGAUACAUUGGAGAUAAUAUAAGGCAAGUAUUGGAAACUGUCACACCCUGGUUCUGGGACUCAUUAUGUUGAGCCAGGGUGUGUGCAUUCUAUGUGUUCCUUUACGGUCAUUGUUACUGAGGACUUUACGAAUCGUCUAUUUGUUUUGGGUUUUGCACUUUAAUAUAAUAAAGUCAAUCAUGUUCGCUCAACACGCUGCGUAUUGGUCUACUCCUUUUGAAGACGAUCGUGACAGAAAAACCCACCAUACAACGACCAAGCAGCGUGUCCAGGAACAGACACAGGAGGUGACUCUGGUGGAUGUCCUCCUCGGUUGGGGGCAGAUUACCGAGGAGGAGGCCGUCCGGUACCGGAGGGCUAUGAAGGGGGAGACCCAGGCAGAAGAGGAGCAGCGGCGUCAGCAGUGGCAUCGUCGGACGGACGAGAGGCACCCCCAAUAAUUUUUUAGGGGGGGGCACAGGGCAUGGACGACGGGGCUGACGGAGGCAGAGAAGGGGCGGAUUCAAAAGGCCACCAGGUUACGGGGGCCACUGGUCAAAGUAGGGAAAGGAGGUUUAGAGGCACGGCGAGAGGUACUGGGGUGUGUUACCAGUCCGGUCCGGCCCGUUCCAGUUCCCGGAGUAGAGCCAGUGGUGUGUGUCCCCAGUACGGUCCGGCCUGUUACGGCCCCUCGCACCAAAUGGACGGUGCGCGUCUCCAGCCCGGUUCGGCCUGUUCCUGCCUCUCGCACCAAACCUACGGUGUGCGUCGACAGCCCUGCCCGGCCUGUUCCUGCUCUACGCACCAAGGCUACGGUGUGCGUCGACAGCCCUGCCCGGCCUGUUCCUGCUCUACGCACCAAGGCUACGGUGUGCGUCGACAGCCCUGCCCGGCCUGUUCCUGCUCUACGCACCAAGGCUACGGUGUGCGUCGACAGCCCUGCCCGGCCUGUUCCUGCUCUACGCACCAAGGCUACGGUGUGCGUCGACAGCCCUGCCCGGCCUGUUCCUGCUAAACGCACCAAGUCUACGGUGUGCGUCGCCAGCCCGGUCCGGCCUGUUCCUGCCACCCGCACCAAGUCUACGGUGCGCGUCGCCAGCCCGACCCGGCCUGUUCCUGCCACUCGCACCAAACCUACGGUGCGCGUCGCCAGCCCGGUCCGGCCUGUUCCUGCCACCCGCACCAAGUCUACGGUGUGCGUCGCCAGCCCGACCCGGCCUGUUCCUGCCACUCGCACCAGACCUACGGUGCGCGUCGCCAGGCCGACCCGGCCUGUUCCUGCCACUCGCACCAAGCCUACGGUGCGCGUCGCCAGCCCGGUCCGGCCUGUUCCUGCCACUCGCACUAAGCCAGGGGUGCGAGUCGUCAGCCUGGUAAGGCCCGUUCCUCCUCCACGCACCAAGCCUACGGGGUGCGUCGUCAGCCCUGUCCGGCUCGUUCCUGCCCUCCGCACCAGGUCUGUGGUGCGCGUCGCCAGCCCAUUCCGGUCCAUUCCUGUUCCACGCACCAAGCCAGGGGCGCGUGUCGUCAGUCCGGCUCCGGCCAGCGGGGCUAGACAGGACCAGGGGUACUGUGGGGGGUGUAUCGGAGGGUGGUGGUCUAGGCCGGAGCCAGAACCGCCACCGAGGAGGUAUGCCCGCCCAGCCCUCCCCUGUUUGGGGGUUUUGAGGCGCGGUCGCAGUCCGCGCCUUUAGGGGGGGGUACUGUCACACCCUGGUUCUGGGACUCAUUAUGUUGAGCCAGGGUGUGUGCAUUCUAUGUGUUCCUUUACGGUCAUUGUUACUGAGGACUUUACGAAUCGUCUAUUUGUUUUGGGUUUUGCACUUUAAUAUAAUAAAGUCAAUCAUGUUCGCUCAACACGCUGCGUAUUGGUCUACUCCUUUUGAAGACGAUCGUGACAGAAACAAUAGAACACUAUGGAAAAUAUGGGAAACCAGGCCUGCUAUUCAUAGCAGACUUCGAAAAGGCAUUUGAUAAAGUUCGACUGGAAUUUAUAUAUAAAUGCCUGGAGCAUUUCAAUUUUGGAAAAUCUCUUAUAAAAUGGGUCAAAAUCAUGUAUAGUAACCCUAGGUGUAAAAUAGUAAAUAAUGGCUAUUUCUCAGAAAGUUUUAAACUAUCAAGAGGAGUGAAACAAGGUUGUCCACUAUCGGCAUAUCUAUUUAUUGUGGCCAUCGAGAUGUUAGCUAUUAAAAUCAGAUCCAAUAAUAAUAUCAGGGGAUUAGAAAUACAGGGCUUAAAAACAAAGGUGUCAUUGUACGCAGAUGAUUCAUGUUUUCUUUUAGAUCCACAACUUGAAUCCCUCCACAGCCUCAUAGAGGAUCUAGAUACAUUUUCUAACCUCUCUGGAUUAAAACCAAAUUAUGACAAAUGUACUAUAUUACGUAUUGGAUCACUAAAAAAUAAAAAUUUUACAUUACCAUGUAGUUUACCAAUAAAAUGGUCUGAUGGUGAUGUGGAUAUACUCGGAAUACAUAUCCCAAAGGAAAUAAAUAAUCUCACUUCAAUAAAUUUUAAUAGAAAGUUAGCAAAAAUAGAUAAGAUCUUACUACCAUGGAAAGGAAAAUACCUGUCAAUUUGUGGAAAAAUCACCCUGAUUAACUCUUUAGUAUUAUCCCAGUUUACCUAUUUGCUUAUGGUCUUGCCUACGCCUAGCAAACAGUUUUUUAAAAUAUAUGAGAAAAAAAUAUUCAAUUUUAUUUGGAACGGCAAGCCAGACAAAAUUAAAAGAGCAUAUUUAUAUAAUGAAUAUGAAUUCGGAGGACAGAAAUUAUUAAAUAUUAAAGCAUUAGACCUAUCACUAAAAUCUUCAGUCAUCCAAAAGUUAUACUUAAAUCCGAACUGGUUCUCAAGCAAAUUAGUAAGAUUGUCUCACCCACUGUUCAAGAAAGGCCUUUUUCCCUUUAUUCAGAUUACAAUCUCUCACUUUCAGUUAUUUGAAAAGGAAAUAAUCUCCCAAAUGUCACUAUUUCUAAAACAAGCCAUAGAAAGUUGGUUGCAAUUUCAAUUUAAUCCUCCAGAAACGACAGAACAAAUAAUGCAACAAAUAUUGUGGUUAAAUUCAAAUAUACUAAUUGACAAAAAACCUUUAUUUUUUGACAGAAUGUUUAAAAAAGGUAUAAUCUUCGUAAAUGAUAUCAUCGGUAGGACUGGUGGAGUUAUGUCGCACAUGCAGCUAACAAAAACAUAUGGAAAUGUCUGCUCUACCCAAAAUUACAACCAAAUAAUUGCAGCCUUACCGCAAAAGUAGAAGAGGAAAGUUGAAGGGGGAGAAAGUAAGGAACUUGUCUGUCGGCCUUGCAUUAAAGAACAUAAUUGGUUAAGGAAAACUGUGAUAAAUAAAAAAGUAUAUCAGUUUCACUUAAGGACCAAAGGAUUGACAGCCGUCCCAUAUAGAUUGCAAAAUAGUUGGGAAGAGAUCUUUGACGUACCAAUCCCAUGGCAUAGUGUUUAUGAACUGACACGCAAAACGACACCGGAUUCAAAAAUUAGAAUCUUUCAAUUUAAAUUAUUAUAUAUAAUUCUUGCUACCAAUAGAAUGUUAUUUAUAUGGGGGAUACAAUCUUCCCAGCUCUGCAGAUUUUGCUGUGAAGAGAUAGAAUCAUUAGAUCAUUUGUUUUGGUUCUGUCCAUUUGUAGCUUGUUUUUGGACACAGGUCCAGGAAUGGCUAAAGGAUUGCAAUAUUUACCUGGAACUAACCUUGCAGAUAGCAUUACUGGGUGAUCUGAAAAGUCAUAGUCAAUCAAUCAAUAAUAUAAUGAUACUUUUAGCAAAAAUGUUUAUUUUUAAUUCACAAUCUGUAGAAGCAAUGAGAAUAGAAAGGUUCAGAACUUUUGUAAAACAUCACAGUAUGGUUGAAAUAUAUAUGGCAAAUAGAAAUCCUAUAUGGAUGGUGUUAAGAGAUAGAUGGGAGGUAUUGAAUAGAGUUGAAGGAUGGGACUAAUAACAAAUAACAACAAAUAAUAACAAAGAUAGCUAAUAAUGUAAGCAUACUGUGUCCAUAAUAAGUAUAUAGGUUGUAUGUUGGGAGCUUUUGGGAAAGAGCACAGUUAGAAAGAUAUGGCAUUUAGAAGCAAACCGGAUGGACAUCAUGAAAAUGAUCGGAGAGGUUGAGAGUAGAAGAAGUUCAGGAGCAAAAAAAAAUAAUUAAUAAAUAUAUAUAUAUAUAUAUAUAUAUAUAUAUGGAUAUAGAAUUAUUGUAAAAUUAACUCUGUCCAUAAGGUGUAGAUAGUAAUUAUAGACCGGAAGUAGAGGCCUGGGCGUUGUUGUUCACUAAUUUACUCCAAGUAGGGAAAGGAUGGUGGGGUUGAAAAGUAAUAAAGGGGAAUAUAUAUAUAUAGAAAAUUUAAAAAACAUGGGGGAUUGGAAGUGAUGCAGACAAUUACAUUGAUAGAAGAUACAAUCUAUCUGCAAUAUUAAGCUGAUCCAUCCCCCCAGAAAAAAAUAAAUUAAAUUAAAAAAAACAAAAAAAACAACAACAAAAAACACAGGGCUACUUCACUUCCACCUCACCGGCCAUACGACUGCGCCAUUGACCUCCAGCCAGGAGCCCCUCUCCCUAACAGUCGCCUGUACAAUCUCUCCCGCCCGGAGACGGAGGCUAUGGAGAACUACAUACGGGACUCCUUGGCGGCAGGUAUUAUUCGUCCUUCCUCGUCACCUGUAGGAGCGGGAUUCUUUUUUGUGGGAAAGAAGGAUAAGACCCUCAGACCCUGUAUUGAUUACCGUGGACUUAACAACAUCACCAUUAAGAACAAGUAUUCUCUGCCUUUGAUUAAUUCUGCUUUUCCCCUCCUUCAUGGUGCUACCAUCUUUACGAAACUGGAUCUACGAAAUGCGUAUCACCUGGUGCGCAUUCGUAAAGGUGACUGUCUUCAACACACCCUUGGGACAUUUUGAGUAUCUGGUCAUGCCUUUUGGUUUGUCUAAUGCCCCUGCUGUUUUUCAGGCACUCGUGAAUGAUGUCCUUAGGGACAUGUUGAAUCGUUUUGUUUUUGUCUAUCUGGAUGAUAUCCUGAUUUUCUCAGAGUCCUCCCAGGAACAUGAACUGCAUGUGCGCCAGGUGUUGCAAAGGUUGUUGGAGAACAAACUAUUUGUGAAGAUGGAGAAAUGUGAAUUUCAUGUGUCUGAGACCUAUUUUUUGGGUUACAUAAUCGCUCAGGGGGAGUUGCGGAUGGACCCAGCUAAGAUCUCUGCAGUCACGGACUGGCCAGCCCCCUCCACCCGCAAACAACUUCAAUGAUUCCUGGGGUUUGCGAACUUCUACAGGAGGUUCAUCAAGGACUACAGCCGCAUUGCGGCACCACUCACCGCUCUCACCUCCAUCUCACUACCGUUCGCUUGGAAUGAAGGGGCCGAAUCAGCGUUCGAAGAACUGAAACAUCGCUUCGCCUCGGCUCCCAUUCUGAUGCAGCCGGACCCUGACCGCCAGUUUGUCGUGGAGGUGGAUGCAUCCGACACUGGGGUAGGUGCGGUGUUGUCACAACGUUCUCCUGAAGAUAACAAACUGCAUCCCUGUGCUUUUCUUUCACGGAAGCUUUCUCAGGCAGAGAGGAAUUAUGAUGUUGGCAAUCGUGAACUGCUCGCCGUUAAGCUGGCUCUCGAGGAGUGGCGGCAUUGGUUGGAGGGGGCGGAACAACCCUUCAUCGUUUGGACGGAUCACAAGAAUCUGGCAUACAUCCAGUCAGCUAAGCAGCUCAAUCCCCGUCAAGCCAGGUGGGCACUAUUUUUUGGGAGAUUCAAUUUUUCUCUGUCUUACCGUCCUGGGUCACGCAACGUCAAGCCUGACGCCCUGUCUCGUGUUCAUUCUGCUGUUGAUACUGGUAGUAACCCUGAACCCAUCUUGCCUCCUACCUGCAGUAUUGCGGCCAUUACAUGUGACAUCGAAGGGAUGGUUAGACAGGCUCAACAUCAUCAAGCUGACCCUGGGAGCGGUCCUCCUAACCGGUUGUUUGUCCCUGAGUCUGUUCGCUCCCAGGUACUUCAGUGGGCUCACUCGUCUCCCCUUACCUGUCACCCUGGAGUUACUCGGACCCUUGACUUUGUGCGACGGAAGUUCUGGUGGCCCAGGAUGGAGGCGGACACUCGAGCCUUCAUUGCUGCUUGUACGGUAUGUGCACGAAGUAAGAACUCCACCCAGGCCAGCGCUGGUCAUCUACGACCUCUGCCAAUACCCAGCCGGCCCUGGUCCCACAUUGCUUUGGAUUUUGUUACUGGACUUCCCCCCUCGUCUGGAAAGACUGUCAUUCUUACUGUGAUUGAUCGUUUUUCUAAGUUUGCUCAUUUUUUGGUCCUACCUAAACUGCCCACUGCCAGAGAGACGGCUGAUAUUUUGGUUGAACAUGUGUUCCGCUCUCAUGGUCUGCCCACUGAUAUUGUCUCUGACAGGGGUCCCCAGUUUGUCUCCCAGGUAUGGAAAGCUUUCUGUAAAGCUUUGGGCAUCACAUCCAGCCUGUCCUCUGGAUAUCACCCCCAGACCAACGGGCAAGCCGAGAGAGCGAACCAGGAGAUGGAGACCGCUCUCCGCUGUGUCACAGGGUCUAACCCUGGGUCUUGGAGCUCCAUGCUCCCCUGGGUGGAAUAUGCUCAUAACACCUUGACUAACGCUUCCUCUGGUUUGUCUCCCUUUCUGUGUGCUCUGGGUUAUCAACCUCCCUUGUUCCCUUCUCAAGAGAGGGAACUGGUGGUACCCUUGGUGCAGUCCCACAUGCGCCGCUGCUUCAAGGUCUGGAGGAAGGCCAGGGUAGCUCUGUCCCGAGCUUCGUCGUACAUGCAGAGGCAAGCCAACCGUCACCGGUCCCAGGCUCCCGGUUACUCUCCUGGUCAAGAGGUAUGGCUUAAGUCACGUGAUCUUCCAUUGAAAGUAGAAUCUAAGAAGAUGGCGCCGCGUUUUAUAGGACCGUUCAAGAUACUGUCUAUUGUUAACCCCUGCGCGGUUAAACUACAGCUUCCUGCCUCCCUACGGGUUCAUUCCACUUUUCAUGUGUCCCAGAUCAAGCCUGUGUCUGUCAGCCCUCUGUGCCCGCCCUCUCGUCCCCCUCCUCCGCCCAGGAUCGUGGGUGGGGGUCCUGUCUACACUGUCCGGCGACUUCUGGAUGUUCGCCGCCGGGGUCGUGGUUUCCAUUACCUGGUGGAUUGGGAGGGUUAUGGUCCUGAGGAACGUUCCUGGGUGCCCAGGAGCUUCAUUGUGGAUCCUGCUCUGGUCCGUGAAUUUCAUCGGUUACAUCCCGAUAAACCCUGUCGGCCGCCAGGUGGCGUCCGUAGAGGGGGGGGUACUGUUAGGCCUACUGCUGCUAGGGGUAGCUCUCUCUCUGCUCUUCCCCUCCCCUCUGUUUGUCCUUGAUUGCAGGAGUGAAGUCUGGUGUGCGGGAGUCAGGGUUCCAGCUGCAGCUCAUUCACCAUAAUCACCUCAGCCUUUAAGACCCGGUCAAACUUGCCACUCAUCGUCAGAUCAUAGUCAAGACGACCAUGUUAGUCUCGCUGCCGACUCAACCUGUUGUUUUCGCUCUUUGUGUUUUUUGGCCUGUUCUAUUUACUUUUCUCCUGUGCCACAGAUUAUUGGAACCUGACUCCUGCCUCCGCUUCACUCCUGCCACCACCAUCCUGCUUUCCACUACCGGACCUCCCUUUUGGACUCACCACGGACACUAGGACAUUACGGUACCACACCUGCUCUGACCUGGAUCUGUUACCCUCCCUGUAACCUGGACUUGCUCUUCCCCUAUUAUUGGAAACCUGGACAAAUUGAACAUUGUAAAUAAACCUGUUAAACCUUCUCUGGCUCGGUGUGAUUGUCUGCAUUUGGGUUCAAAUCCAGUUUAAUCAUGACAGUUUGUCGUAGCCGGCCGCGACCGGGAGACCCAUUGGGCGGAGCACAAUUGGCCCAGCGUCGUCCAGGGUAGGGGAGAGAAUGGCUGGGAUAUAGCUCAGUUGGUAGAGCAUGGCGUUUGCAACGCCAGGGUUGUGGGUUCGAUUCCCACGGGGGGCCAGUAUGAAAAAUAUAACAAAUAAUGUAUGCACUCACUAAUUGUAAGUCGCUCUGGAUAAGAGCAUCUGCUAAAUGACUAAAAUGUAAAUGUAAAAUGUUUGUCGAGAUCGGUGUGGAAGAACUUGACUGGCCUGCACAGAGCCCUGACCUCAACCCCAUCGAACACCUUUGGGAUGAAUUGGAACGCCAACUGCGAACCUAAUCGCCCAACAUCAGUGCCCGACCUCACUAAUGCUCUUGUGGCUGAAUGGAAGAAAGUCCCCACAGCAAUGUUCCAACAUCUAGUGGAAAGCCUUCCCAGAAGAGUGGAGGCUGUUAUAGCAGCAAAGGGGGGACCAACUCCAUAUUAAUGACCAUGAUUUUGGAAUGAGAUGUUCGACGAGCAAGUGUCCACAUACUUUUGGUCAUGUAGUGUAGUUUAAAAAGUUUAAAAUAUAUAAAAAAAGUAAAAUGUAAGCAUACUAUUCUAGAUCAGUCUACGCGUUUUAAAGUUUGAACGGCAUUUCUAGAAGAAGAAGAAGAAGAAGAAGAAUGACAUCGAAGAUUUCACUCUGGACUUCUGCUUUGCAAGUCCCACCUAGUACGAAUAAUAAUAACUAAAUGAUAAUUCUACAUGAAGUAGAAUUGAUGGGACUUGCUUUAACUCUUUAAAAGUAUUUUUGUGGUAGUGGUAGAAGUAAAAAAUGUGUUACUGUACUAUUUAAAGCAAAGUACUUACAUAUUGUCAAAGUUAAAUUUAGUAAAAUAAUUGGUCUGAUUACUUUGAUAGAUUACUACAUCAACCUUAUUAAUUUGGAUUAUGGGUCAGUUAGAUCCCAAAAAUGUCUAAAGUAGGAUCAAGUGGACAACACUCUUAGGAAAGCAAAUCAGCUCUGAAUCAUGCAUGCUGUGGGUUUCAGAUAAAUAGAUGCACAAUUUACUCUUGUAAAACAUUCAGUAUAAAUUAACUUUAGUUUGAUGAUUAUGUAAUGAUUAGAAUGUUUUAGGCUAUUAUUUAGGGAGAGAAAUGUGAAGGUGUGUCUAGUGAUUUUAAAGUAUUUUUGUGAUAGUUGAAGAUUGAUGUAGAAUAGGUUCGUAUGAAGACCUACUGGUAGCUAGCUGUAGUUCUAAUAAAUAAACUCUUUAGGUGAUCCCUGAAAAGUAAAUUUCCUGAAGAAAAUGUGGUGUGCUUGCUAACUUUAUUUAAAGUAUGUAUGGUUUUGAAAUAAGUUAUAGUAGUGGUAGUGACUGGUUAUAGUUGAAAAAGUAGGUAGAUUAAAAUAUUGAUUGAUUUAUUGAUUGAUUGGUUGGUUGAUAGGAUGGGAUAGGCUAGCCUGAACAUGUGGAUGUUGAUUUGGUGUCUCUAGCUUAAAAGGUUCAAGAGUUACAAUUAUAGUUGGUAGGUAUUAUAUUGUAAUUUAUGCACAUUUAAGUAGUUAUAAUUUAUAGUGCACACCAGAGCUAGACCAGAGCUAGUGCGAACCAGAGCUAACUAGCUACGCCCAGGACCAGAGCUGGACAAGAGCUUGUGCAGACCAGAGCAGUAGUUGUGGUCACUAGUUAUGGUCAGUAGAUAUGGUCAGUAGUUGUGCAGUUGCAGUCAGUAGUUGUGUUCAGUAGUUGUGGUCAGUAGUUGUGGUCAGUAGUUGUGUGGUUGUUGAAGGCUAUUUGGGCCCUACAGUACGGACGUGGUCAGUAGUUGUGGCCAGUAGUUGUGUGGUUGUGGUCAGUAGUUGUGUGGUUGUGUUCAGUAGUUGUGGUCAGUAGUUGUGGUCAUUAGUUGUGUGGUUCAGUAAUUUUGUGUUCAGUAGUUGUGGUCAGUAGUUUUGUGGUUGUGGUCAGUAGUUUUGGUCAGUAGUUGUGGUCAUUAGUUGUGGUCAUUAGUGGUCAGUAGUUUUGGUCAGUAGUUUUGGUAAGUAGUUGUGUGGUUCAUUAGUUGUGGUCAGUAGUUGUGAACUUCAAAACAUGAUGUAUUAUUAUUGGAAUUUGCAGAUGUUGGUAAGUAAUGAAUCUGCUAGCUUCUGACAUGACUUACUGCUUCUUUAAUUAAAGCAGUUGAUGGGUUACUAAAACAGCUCUGUCUCUUGGUAGAAGUUAUUCAUGUUCUGCUUUCAGAUUUGAAAAUCAGAGAAGUAGAGGAAGAUGCCAUAUACUUUCACUUUUUGUCUAACUUGUUGGGAAAGUGUUAAAAAUAUCAGUUGUUUAUAAAACCUUGAUAUUAGAUUAAGAUAUUUUUGUUCAAACGCCAGAUUUGAAUAGCAGAGACGUAGACAAAGAUUUCAUACACUAACUUUUUGUCUAAGUUGUUGCAGUGGUCAAAGUAGCUGACUUGUGUCAAAAGUUGCAUUGUUGCAUUUACAGUAAAUGGAAUGUUGGAAGUGAUAAUGUUACAAUGGGGCCUUUUAGAAUCUUGAGGAAAUGCCAUGAAAGUGAAUGAAGAUGGACAAAAAGAAGGACAAAAAGUUUAAUCAUUUAAAAAAGUAUAUUUUUUAAAAGUUGUAUACAAGCACAUUAUUCCAGACCGAUCAGCACGUUUUAAAGUUUGAAUGACGUUUUUAGCUUAAACGGUGUAGGAGGAGUAACGUUCCAAAUAAUAAUAAGAAGAAGAAGUACGACGAAGACUUAGAAUGGGACAUUUGCUUUGAAAGUCCCAUUAAAAAGUCAGAAGUAAGAGGAACAUUUAAAGUUGGGACUUUUGCUUCGCAAGUCCCACCUAAUAAUAAUAAUAAUACAUUAAAAGUUAAAUAUAUUAAAAUAUUGGGUCUGAUUACUUUGAUAGACUACUACACUGAGUGUACAAAACAUUAGGAACACCUUCCUAAUAUUGAGUUGCACCCCGUUUUGCCCUCAGAACAGCCUCAAUUUGUCGGGGCAUGGACUCUACAAGGUGUCGAAAGCGUUCCACAGGGAUGCUGGCCCAUGUUCACUCCACAGUUUUGUCAAAUUGGCUCAAUGUCCUUUGGGUGGUGGACCAUUCUUGAUAUACACGGGAAACUGUUGAGCGUGAAAAACCCAGCAGCAUUGCAGUUCUUGACACACUCAAACCGGUGCGCCUGGCACCUACAACCAUACCCCAUCCAAAUGCAUUUAAACAUUUUGUCUUGCCAAUUUAUCCUCUGAAUUGCACACACAAUCCAUGUCUCAUUUGUCUCAAGGCUUAAAAAUCCUUCUUUAACCUGUCUCCUCCCCUUCAUCUACACUGAUUGAAGUGGAUUUAACAGGUGAUAUCAAUCAAUCAUCAAUCAAUCAAUUUUAUUUUAUAUAGCCCUUCGUACAUCAGCUAAUAUCUCGAAGUGCUGUACAGAAACCCAGCCUAAAACCCCAAACAGCUAGUAAUGCAGGUGUAGAGGGAUCAUAGCUUUCACCUGGAUUCACCUGGUCAGUCUAUGUCAUGAUGUUCCUAAUGUUUAGUACACUCAGUGUAUAUCAACCUUAUUACUUUGGAUUGUUAUUGCAGUUGGAUCACAUACCUUAUUGCAGUUGGAUCACAUAUUUCACUGUGGGUAACAAUGGGCAACAACGGUGCUGGAGGGAAUAACUACAGUUUUAACGGCUCCUGACCAAUUCUCCUAUUUUGUGUGUUUUUUUGCGCUGAUCCUAAAAAGAUUAGUACAUAAUGUUUCCGCCAUCAUUUCCUAUGACCGAAUACAGCUGCUGGGCAUCAGAACAGUGAUCACUAACCUCGAUUUGGAUGAGGAUUUCUACUUCAAUGAGUUAGAGGUAAAUUACAUCCUGCUCUUCCCGGACCAGGCCAAAAUCCCCGAUACUCGAAGGAGGAAGAGGCCAUGUUAUAGAGGCUGGCAAGUGGAUAAACCGCCUCUACCCUCUGUUCUAUUGGCAAACGUGCAAUCACUGGAGAAUAAACUGGACGAGCUCCGUUUGAGACUAUCCUAUCAACGUGAUCUGAAGAACUGUAACAUCCUAUGUUUCUCAGAGUCGUGGCUGAACCAGGACAUGGAAAAUCUAGGUGUUUUUUUCUAUUAAUCGGCAGGACAGAACGGCAGUGUCGGGCAUACUCAGGGGGUGGGGUGAUGUGUGUCUCUUUGGUAACAACAGCUGGUGCGCAAUCUCUAAUAUUAAGGAAGUCUUAAGGUUCUGCUCGAGUUAGAAUACAUCAUGAUUAGUUGUAGACCAUACUAUUUACCAAGAGAGUUUUCAUCUACUUUUUUUGUAGCUGUCUACUUACCACCACAAACUGAUGCUGGCACUCAAUGAGCUGUAUAGGGCCAAAUAUAAACAAGAAAAUGCUCACAAAGAGGCGGCAUUCCUAGUGGCCGGUGAUUUUAAUGCAGGAAAACUGAAAUCCGUCUUACCUCAUUCCUAUCAGCAUGUCACCUUGUGCAACUAAAGGUGAAAAAACUCCAGAUCACCUUUACUCCACACACCGAGACACAUACAAAACUCUCCCCUCCAUUUGGAAAAUCUGACCAUAACUCUUUCCUGCUUAUUCCUACUUACAAGCAAAAACUCAAACAAGAUGUACCAGUGACACACACGCUCAAUACAGAAGUGGUCAGAUGAAACGGAUGCUAAGCUACAUGACUGUUUUGCUAGCACAGACUGGAAUAUGUUCUGGGAUUCAUCCGAUGGCAUUGAGGAGUUUACCACAUCAGUCACCGGCUUCAUUAAUAAGUGCAUCGACGACGACGUCCCCACAGUGACCAUACGUACAUAUCCCAACCAGAAGCCAUUAAUUAAAGGCAACAUCCACACUGAGCUAAAGGCUAGAGCUGCCGCUUUCAAGGAGCAAGACACAAAUCCGGAUGGUUAUAAGAAAUCCCGCUACGCCCUCCGACGAACCAUCAAAAUCAAAAUGUUUCAAUACAGGACUAAUAUUGUAUCCUAUAGCUCUGACGCUGGUCGGAUGUGGCAGGGCUUGCAAAAUAUCACGGAUUACAAAAGGAAACCCAGCUUUGAGCUGCCCAGUGAUGCGAGCCUACCAGACGAGCUAAAUGCCUUCUAUGCUCGCUUCGAGCCUAGCAACACUGAACCAUGCAUGAGAGCACCAGCUGUUCCGGACGACUGUGUGAUCAUUCUCUCCAUAGCCGAUGCGAUUAAGACCUGUUAACAAGUUAACAUUCACAAGGCCACAGGGCCAGACGGAUUACCAGGACGCGUCAUGGCUCACAUUAAAACCAUCAUCCCAGACACCCUGGACGCACUCCAAUUCGCAUACCGCCCCAACAGAUCCACAGAUGACCCAAUCUCUAUUGUACUCCACACUGCCCUUUCCUACCUGGCCAAAAGGAACACCUACAUGAGAAUGCUGUUCAUUGACUACAUCUCAGCCUUCAACACCAUAGCGCCCUGCAAGCUCAUAACUAAGCUAAACACCCUGGGACUGAACACCUCCCUCUGCAACCGGAUCCUGGACUUCCUGAAGGGCCGCCCCCAGGUGGUAAGGGUAGGCAACAACACAUCCGCCACACUGACCCUCAACACGGGGGCCUCAGAGGUGAGUUCUUAGUCCCCUCCUGUUCACCCACGACAGCAUGACCGCGCACGACUCCAACACCAUCAUUACGUUUGCUGACAAUACAACUGUGGUUGGCCUGAUCACCGACAACGAUGAGACAGCCUAUAAGGAGGACCUCUCCCUCAACUUCAGCAAGACAAAGGAGCUGAUUGUGGACUGCAGGAAAUGGAGGGCAGAGCACGCCCCCAUUCACAUUGAUGGGGCUGUAGGGGAGUGGGUCGAGAGCUUCACGUUCCUUGGUGUCCACAUCACUAAGGACCUAUCAUGGUCCAAACACACCAACACAGUUGUGAAGAGGGCACGACAACGCCUCUUCCCCCUCAGGAGGCUGAAAAGAUUUGUCAUGGGUCCUCAGAUCCUCAAAAAGUUCUACAGCUGCACCAUCGAGAGCAUCCUGACUGGUUGCAUCACCACCUGGUAUGGCAACUGCUCGGCCUCCGACCGCAAGGUACGAUAGAGGGUAAUAUACAUCACUGGGGCCAAGCUUCCUGCCAUCCAGGACCUCUAUACCAGGCGUUGUCCGAGGAAGACCCUAAAAAUGGUCAAAGACUCCAGCCACCCAAGUCAUAGACUGUUCUCUCUGCUACCGCACGGCAAGCGGUACCGGAGCGCCAAGUUUGUGACCAAUAGGCUCCUGAACAACUUCUACCCCCAAGCCAUAAGUCUGUUGAACAGUUAAUCAAAUGGCCACCUGGACUAUUUGCAUUGACCCCCUUUUUAUUUGCACUGACUCUCUUGCACCGGCUCUAUGCACACUAACUGACACUCCAACACACACUCUCACACGCAAAACUCACAUGCAUAUUGACACCACACACUGCUUUAUUAUCUAUCCUGAUUGACUAGUCACGUUUACCCCUACCUACAUGUACAUAUUACCUCAACUACUUCGUACCCCUGCACAUUGACUCGGUAUCGGUACUCCUACUAUAUAGUCUCGUUAAUGUUAUUGUGUUACUAUUUCCUUUUGAAUUGAUUGCUACAUUUUCUUACUUUUUAACUCGUUGUUGGCUCAAAACUAAGCAUUUCACGAUAAAGUCUUCACCUGUUUUGUUAGGUGCAUGUAACAAAUACAAUUUGAUUACUACACUUUUAUACACUCUUACUAGGAAACCAUAGGAUAUGCAAACUGUAAUAAUUACUCAUAAGGAAUUAGAAAAGUUUUAGGCUAUCAUUUGGGGAGAGAAAUAUGAUGGUGCCUCUAGUUUAGAUUUUUUUUUUGCUAUAGUAACUUCCCUUUAACCAUACAUUUAUUUCUUAAUCAAAUGAUAAAGCUGUUAAAAGAAAGUUAUUACUGGAUUGAAUAGAUCAAUAAAUAGGAUAUAUAAAUAAGGUAAGGACACAGGAUGAAAUACCUAAUGGAUGUAUCACGUUUAGGAGAAGACCCAGAUGCAGACAGUGUCAAAGUAACAAAAGUUUAUUACAAAAACAGGGGGCAGACAAACGACAGGUCAAGGGCAGGCAGAGGUCAGUAAUCCAGAUCAGAGUCCAAAAGGUUCAGAACGGCAGGCAGUCUCAGGGUCAGGGCAGGCAGAGGUCAAUAAUCCAGGGUGGUGUGACAAGGUACAGAACGUCAGGCAGGCUCAGGGUCAGGGCAGGCAGAAUGGUCAAAACCGGGAAAACUUGAAAACAGGAACUUGAAAACGACAGGAGCAAGGGGAAAACCGCUGGUAGGCUUGACAAAACAAAACGAACUGGCAACAGACAAAUAGAGAACACAGGUAUAAAUACACUGGGGGUUAUGGGGAAGAUGGGCGACACCUGGAAGGGGGUGGAGACAAUCACAAAGACAGGUGAAACAGAUCAGGGUGUGACAGGAUGGAGGGAUGAAGGGAUGAAUGCAAAGAUAAAAGGAAGUUAUGUAAUUGUCACGCCCUGGCUCUGGGGACACUGUUAUGUUGAGCCAGGGUGUGUAGAUCAAUGUGUUUUUGUUUUCUAUGGGUGCUAUUUCUAUGUUGGCCAGAGUGGCUCCCAAUCAGAGGCAACGAGUGUCAGGUGUUGCUGGCUGUCUCUGAUUGGGAGCCAUAUUUAUACAGUCUGUUUUUCAUUCGUGUUGGUGGGAUUUUGUUUCUAGUCUGUUUAUGGUAGACCGUGAACUGUCACGUAUCGUUUGUUGUUUUGAUCGUGUCUCUUAAUAAAGAGUAUGUUUGCCUGCAACGCUGCGCCUUGGUCCUCAUCUGUUCCUGAUGAUCGUGACAGAAAAUCCCACCCACAACUGGACCAAGCAGCGAGUCGAGGAGCCAUCGCCAGGGAAAUCCCUAGCAGAUCUCCGUGGCAGCCUCGACUGGGUCAAGCCGAGUGAAGAGCAGAGAGAGUGGACUUGGGAACAAUGGAGGAAGAGCUUCGACUGGGUCAAGCCAAUUGAGGAGCUGAAUAGCGGGAGUUGGAGGCAGAAGAGCGAGAGUUGGGCGAGAACUGUAGAGGCCUGGCCCACGGGGAGGAGAGACCCCCAGAACAUUUUUAGGGGGGGGCUCACGACGUCGGGGCAGCAGGAGGCCGCGAUAGAGCGGUCCAGCGGGUUGGCAGAGGAGGCUGCCAGGUUACGGGGGCCACUGGUAGAAGAGGGGAUGGAAGGUGUAGAGGCACGGCGUGAGGUACUGGGGUGUGUUACCAGUCCGGUCCGGCCCGUUCCAGAUCCCGGUGUAGGGCCAGUGGUGUGUGUCCCCAGUACGGUCCGGUCUGUUCCUGCUCCCCGCACCAAGUCAGUGGUGCGCUUCGUCAGCCCGGCUCGGCCCGUUCCUGCCCCCCGCACCAAGUCAAUGGUGCGCUUCGUCAGUCCGGCUCGGCCCGUUCCUGCUCCCCGCACCAAGUCAGUGGUGCGCUUCGUCAGCCCGGCUCGGCCCGUUCCUGCUCCCCGCACCAAGUCAGUGGUGCGCUUCAUCAGCCCGGCUCGGCCCGUUCCUGCUCCCCGCACCAAGUCAGUGGUGCACUUCGUCAGCCCGGCUCGGCCCGUUCCUGCUCCCCGCACCAAGUCAGUGGUGCGCUUCGUCAGCCCGGCUCGGCCCGUUCCUGCUCCCCGCAUCAAGUCAGUGGUGCGCUUCGUCAGCCCGGCUCGGCCCGUUCCUGCUCCCCGCACCAAGUCAGUGGUGCGCUUCGUCAGCCCGGCUCGGCCCGUUCCUGCUCCCCGCACCAAGUCAGUGGUGCGUUUCGUCAGCCCGGUUCGGCUCACUCCUGCUCCUCACACCAAGCCAGUGGUGUGCGUUGUCAGUCCAGCACGGCCCGUGCCUGUUCUCCACACCAAGCCAGUGGUGGGCGUCGUCAGUCCGGCACGGCCCGUGCCUGUUCCACUGGUGCCUGGUUCGGCACUGGUCAGAUGUUUUACGCCGGAGCUAGAGCAAUCCGCUCCAUCAGUGUGCAGUCCAGCUCCGGCCAGCGGGGCCAGACCGGACCAGGGGUACUUUGGGGGGUUGGAGAGGGAGCGGGGAUCAGGCCCGGAGCCGGAUCCGCCGCCUAAGCGGAGUGCCCACCCGGUCCCUCCCCUGUGGUAUUUGGUUGACGCGGUCGGAGUCCGCGCCUUUAGGGGGGGGUACUGUCACGCCCUGGCUCUGGGGACACUGUUAUGUUGAGCCAGGGUGUGUAGAUCAAUGUGUUUUUGUUUUCUAUGGGUGCUAUUUCUAUGUUGGCCAGAGUGGCUCCCAAUCAGAGGCAACGAGUGUCAGGUGUUGCUGGCUGUCUCUGAUUGGGAGCCAUAUUUAUACAGUCUGUUUUUCAUUCGUGUUGGUGGGAUUUUGUUUCUAGUCUGUUUAUGGUAGACCGUGAACUGUCACGUAUCGUUUGUUGUUUUGAUCGUGUCUCUUAAUAAAGAGUAUGUUUGCCUGCAACGCUGCGCCUUGGUCCUCAUCUGUUCCUGAUGAUCGUGACAGUAAUAUGGAUGAAAGGACAUUUUCGGUCGAAUGAGAGUUGUGAAUGUGUUGUGUAAGUCAGUAUGUCUUGCUUUACUCCACACAAAUAAUUUUUGAAAUCAUACUUCCAUGUUCUAGUCAAAGAAUUGUAGAAAUUGGUGGAUGGCGAGCACAGAACUGCACAUCAACGCUCCCACCUGGAUGGGAGUUUACUAAUGUACAAGGCAGCCUACAGACCAAUACUUAAGGUAAACGAUAACUACAUGUAGACAAACUGUGGUAGGUUAGUUUAGUGGAUUGGAGUGAGCUGUGUGGCGUAGUAAAAACCAAUUUAUGCUUGAUCCGUAUUGUGGUCCGGAGGCUCCGUACAGAGGGUGUGAUGCAAUUGCAAAGCCUCCGGAGGCUUGUGGAGGCCAAAUCAAGCUCCGUACCGCAUGGCGUCUCCCAAAUGUUGGUACAAUGCAUAGGGCUCCGUAUAGCUCUGCAUUGACAUAAUUGGUUGACGGUAGGUGGGGGCGGGAGGUCCUGUAUAAACACAAACUCACUUCCUUGACAACAGUUCUGCUACGCGAAGCGCAAGAAGUAUGAAUGCCCUGACUUUUGCAGAGGCUGUAUCGCCGUAAAUGCUGUACGGCUAAUGCAGACCUUGGAUUGACCAUGCAGAGCCUUUAAGUCUUAUGUGCGCCCCCCAUGUUAUAAUUUGAAAGUUCUGAAAAGUUCCAUGGCAGUUAAUUCAACAGUUGGAAGUUAGCUAAAACUAAAACAGCUGUACCUCCUGAUUGGUAGUAGACAAUUAUAUUCUGAUUUCAGAUUUGAAUAGCAGAGAAGUAGACCAAGAUGUCAUACCCUAUACGUUUUUGUCUAAAGUGCUGGGUAAGUGGUAGAAAUGUCAGUGGUUUAUAAAAGGUUUGAGAACAUUUUGUUGAUGCGGUUACUAAAACCAGCUGUAACGUUUGAUCGGUACCAGAUAAUUAUAUUCUGAUUUCAGAUUUGAAUAGCAGGGAUAUAAACCAAUAUGUCAUACCAUCUAACUUUUUGUCUAACUUGUUGGGAAAGUGGUCAAAGUAGUUGAUUUGUGUCAAAAGUUGAAUUUUUGCAUUCACAGUGAAUAGAAUGCUGGAAGUCAUGAUGUCACAAUGGAAGCUUUAGAAUAUUGAAGAAUCCCAUGAAAGUGGAUGAAGUUUAAUAAAAGUUUAAUUAUAAAUAGUAUCAAAAAGUUAUAUGCAAGCACACUAUUCUAGACCAGUCUGCAUGUUUUAAAGUUUGAUAUGGUGUUUCUAAGAGGAGUAGCAUGCUAAAGAAUAAGAAGACCUAUAACAAUAAUAAAAAGUCUGAAAUAAUUUGUACAAUAUUUAAAGUGUGGCUGCUUUCGCAAGUCACAUUAAUAAGAAGUAUGAAGAAGAUUUAAAGUGAGGACUCUUGCUGAGCAACCCCCACUAAUAAGUACAAUAUUUAAAGUGUGACUGCUGAGCAAGACACAUUAAGUAAAAUGGUUGAAUAUAGAUUUAAACUGAUAAAAGACAAAGCUUCUGUUCAUCAGUAGAAGUAAAGUUAGCUAGCUAACCAUUGCGUGUUUCCAUAGUUACCGUAACUUGACGAAGGACCCUCAACCGUUGGCCAAUCGUGUCGCAGCGUAUGGGAACGCCUCCCUGCUCCUGUCGCCAUUCAGCUACCAAUUCUGUACUGGGCUCUCAUUGGAUGUUUACCACGUCCUUCGACCGCUGAGGCCCAAUCAGAAGGUGGUAUUCUUCAACCCCAAUUUCUUGCUUCAGCUGAGCAGGAAGUGGAAAGGGCGGGGCUUAAAAGAGCCACGCCUCACCUCUGGGCUGAUGCUGGCUAGUGUGGCCAUGGAACUCUGCGAAGAGGUAGGGGUGUGUGUGUGAGUGAGUGUGUGUGUGUGCGUAUGUGUGUUGUGUGGCAGGUAGCUUAGUGGGUAAGAGCGUUGUGCCAGUAACCGAAAGGUCGCUGGUUCUAAUCCCCGAGCCGACUAGGUGAAAAAUCUGUCGAUGUGCCCUUGAGCAAGGCACUUAACCCUAAUUGCUCCUGUAAGUCGCUCUGGAUAAGAGCGUCUGCUAAAUGACUAAAAUGUAAAAAUGUAAAUGUGUGUGUGUCUAAGUCUCUAUCUCUCUCUGUCAGGUUCAUCUUUACGGCUUCUGGCCCUUCCCUUUGGAUCUAUACCACAAUCCUUUGCCCCAUCAUUACUAUGACAACGUGGGCCCUAAGAAAGGCGUCCACUCCAUGCCUGAUGAGUUCCUACUGAUGCUGCAGCUACACACACAGGGAGUGCUGCAACUACACCUGGGCCGCUGCUGA